UUUCAGUGGUACACCAGACUAGAGGAUGGAUAGUAGAUAAACACGCGUAGCAACGGGGGAGAAAAUGAUUAGUGACUGUGAUUAACUUUAAUGUUAAUUUUGAAUUCAGUAAAUAAAACUAAUGCCUGGAGGGGAUGGCGUCCACAUCCAACACAGAGAACGCUUCUUCAUCCAACACUGUUUCCAACGUGGAAGAAGAAGCCAGGGCUCGUCUUUGCGCGGAGUUUGCUGCCAUCGCGGGAACAAACAGCGGCGAGACCCGGCGACACCUGGCCGAGCACGGCUGGGACGUGGAGAGAGCUCUCAACUCUUUCUUUGAGGCUGACAUGGAUAAACUGUUUGAAGAAGAUUUACAAGAGAAUGAGGGCAGCCCCAAACCCAAGCGGCAGAAGGUCCAGGAGAAACCUGCACAAGCCUGCAUAGAUUUGACUGGAGACAGUCCUUCUGAAGAAGAUAAUCACAAGCUAUCGCUGAUUUCUUGGAACGUGGAUGGACUUGACACAAACAACCUUCCAGAGCGUGCCAGAGGCCUGUGUUCUUUUUUAGUCUUAUAUACUCCUGACGUGGUGUUCCUGCAGGAACUCAUUCCAUCCUACAUCGACUACUUGAGAAAACGGGCUGUUAGUUACAUGAUCAUUGAAGGUGGUGAGGAAGGUUACUUCACUGGGAUGAUGCUGAAGAAGUCGCGAGUCAAAUUUGUGGAGAGUGAGAUAGUAGCUUACCCCACCACCCAGAUGAUGAGGAAUCUACUAGUAACUCAGGCCACGUUCAAGGGCCAGAAGCUGUGUCUGAUGACGUCUCACUUUGAAAGCUGUAAAGGCUACGCAGAAGAGCGGAUGAAACAGCUGCGUGUGGUGAUGCAGAAGAUGAAAGAUGCUCCUGAUGACGUCACCAGCCUGUUUGGAGGGGACACAAACCUUAGAGACACUGAGGUGGCUAAAGUGGGCCUGCCGUCCAGCGUCUGUGACGUGUGGGAGAGACUGGGCAAAGAAGAGCACUGCCGCUACACGUGGGAUACCAAAGCCAACAGCAACAAGACCGUUCCCUACGUCAGCCGCUGUCGCUUUGACCGCGUCUACUUCCGCCCAGCUGCCAAGGAAGGUGUCCCCCGUCUGGCUCCUGAUCACAUGGCCCUGGUGGGGCUGGAGAAGCUGGACUGUGGCCGUUACACGAGUGACCACUGGGGAAUCUACUGUAGCUUCACUGCUGGAUAGAAAUGUUACAGCUGAGACCUUUGUUUCAGACCGGCUGGCUUCCUCUGUGUCUACAGCCUCAGCGUUUGCUUCGAUGUUCUGGAACCUUAUCUCAGGUUUCUCACCUGUAAAUUUUGUUCCAAUGUAAUUUGAUCCCUAAUUUUUUUUUCUUCUAACAUUUUAAUAUGAUAGAAUAUUCAAUUAAACUCUGAAAAGUAUCAACAAAUAACAUUUCCUGUGUUUUGGAAUGUGUUGGACUGGGGUUUGAAACUCCCCUUUCGACUCUGAGGUUUGUCUGCAGCUCUAGAUGCUCCUCAGGCGUGGACGUGUUUAUCCAUACAGACUUUGGGAAAGAUGCCUUUCCUGACAUCUGAAUAAGAGUAACCUACAAAGGGUCACAUGAGCACCCUGACGGUGACUGAUGGUGCCGGCGAUGUUAUUUUAUGUUGCUGCGUCAACAAAGCAAUUGUUUUGCAAGCUGGAUUAAAUCUGACCACGGCUCAGCCCCGGUACGUGAGGUUUG